AUGGGCGCGGAAGUGAUUAGAAGAGAAAGAGAAGAGAAGAGAUGGGUGGUGGAGUCAGAAGAGGAGGAUGUUGGAGUGGUUUUGCGCGACCGCUCUGGAAGGCGGAAGGCAGUCAAAUGUCAACGGGGUCGAUCGGGGAGAGUACGGAGUGCUGCGUACAGUACGCUACAGGGUGUUGAGGCAAAAAGUCAGGCAGGCGCGGGUCUUGGUCUUGGUUCGAAGUUCGGAGGGCCAGCCAGGGGAGCAGGACAGUCCAGGACUUUAGUCGCAGCGAUGUGCAGGGGAAAAGCGACGGAAAAGCUUUAG